CGGGGCGGGCAGUGGGGAGCGGGCGGUCGCGCAUGCGCGCAGGGCGGAGCGCUGGGCAGCCGGGGCGACUCGGCGGCGUCGGCGCCAUCAUGUCGAUGGAGGACCCGUUCUUCGUGGUGAAGGGGGAAGUGCAGAAAGCUGUGAACACUGCCCAGGGGCUCUUCCAGAGGUGGACAGAGCUCUUGCAGGAUCCCUCCAUUGCCACAAGAGAAGAAAUUGACUGGACCACAAAUGAGCUCAGGAACAAUCUGCGGAGCAUUGAGUGGGACCUGGAAGACUUGGAUGAAACAAUUAGCAUCGUUGAGGCAAACCCUCGGAAGUUCAACCUGGAUGCCACGGAGCUGGGUAUCAGAAAAUCCUUCAUCACGAGCACGCGGCAGGUGGUCAGGGAAAUGAAGGAUCAGAUGUCAAACUCCUCCAUGCAAGCACUGGCUGAAAGAAAAAACAGGCAGGCACUCCUGGGUGAAAGCAGCAGUCAGAAUUGGAGCUCUGGACCUGACAAAUACAGCCGUCUGGACCGGGAGCUGCAAUUAGCAAAUUCACACUUCAUUGAGGAGCAGCAAGCUCAACAACAGUUGAUUGUGGAGCAGCAAGAUGAGCAGUUGGAGCUGGUCUCUGGCAGCAUUGGGGUGCUGAAGAACAUGUCCCAGCGCAUCGGCGGGGAGCUGGAGGAGCAGGCAGUGAUGCUGGAUGACUUCUCCCACGAGUUGGACAGCACUCACUCACGGCUCGAUAACGUCAUGAAGAAGCUCGCUAAAGUGUCUCACAUGACGAGUGAUCGGCGGCAGUGGUGCGCAAUCAUCGUCCUCUUUAUCAUCUUGCUGGUGGUGCUGGUCCUGUUGAUUGUCCUGUGAUGGACUGAACUUCCUUGGACGCCUCCUCUCCCCUGUAGCACGGGGAAAUGAAACUCUUUCCGUCCGACCACAGAGAUCCCUGUCAAGAAGACCCGUGCCCGGCUCUCACCAUUCUCCGAGGACCAAGGCCUGGCUCCACCAACAUCUCCCCCAGCUCUGGGGAGGGCAGACAGAGGACAGGAAGCAGUUGUGGCUCCCGGAUCCCGUCGGGCUGCCUCCUGCCCCACGGUGCUGCCAUCUGGUCCCCAAACCCUGGAGGGGACCGAACCCUUUGCGGGUAUGAGCCAGCUGCAGCAGUCCCAAGCCCUCUGUGCGGACACGGAGCAGGGAGCCUUGGCAGGGUACGGGGGGUGGAAUUGUUUCACUGAGCAUUACAAACUGCAUCGCCAGCCUGUGGGAUGCUUGCCAGCCAGAAGCAUCACUGGGAGGAGCAGUGGCCUGAAACCCCGCAGCAACACGCACCCAGAGCAAGGAAGGGCAGCCCCAGCCAGCACCACGCCUUCCAGUUAGCACCAAGACCCUGCAGCAUUCACAUCCAGGACCCUGAGGCAGGAGCUGGCACGCUGCAGGUAGGUGAGCUGCAGGUGUGCUGUCCUGCCUUCGAUGGACACGCAGGGCUGGGGCAUCAGCCUGAGGCUGGUUUCACACAGCUCGUCAAGUCACCUCCUGUUACACAAGCCUCUCCGGCUCCCUGACUGAUGCUUUCUUUCCCCUUGUAUAACCAAGCUUCUGUUUAACAGCUGCUUCCCUUUGGCAAGUGAUUUGUCAGGUCUAAAAUAACUUAUUUUUUUUUUAAGGAGAAGUUCUUUUAGUGAUUUUUGAUGACUGUUGGAGCCGCAUUCGUUCUGCGGCUGCAGGAUGCAUUAUCAGUGGAAUGGGCCUAACUGUGUACCUUAAGUGCACACAAACUUGUAAAUAGGAUGUCUUAAUUUUCCCCAAUUGCUUUUUUUUUUUUUUGGGAACUUCACUUGUAAGCAACCCAGAGCCGGGAAGCUCAGAGCCAGGUCACGUUCUGUAUCACUUCCCAGUGCUUUUGUUACCUUUGGGUUGUUUGGCAAGGGGAUUGCCUCAGCAGUGCUGGCCAGGCACGGAUAGCAAAACGCUGUGAGGAGAGCUCACCCUGGCAGUGCUACUGGGGAGAAAUACAGAUGGGUUUUGUGCAGUUGAUUACAGGAGGAAGGGGUGAUGCUUCAGGAAAGAAAAAGAUUUGCAGUGAAGUCUGCUCCUGUCUUUAGGAGGGGGAAGAGCAGCAAAAGAUGGGAGGCAGGCUGACUUGCACCUUCCAUCUGGGUCUCAGAUGGGGCUGGGGGAGGAAGCUGACUGGUGCUGACACUGCAAACCAGGCCUCCAGAACCACGCUCCACAGAAAGGAAAUUCGGCACCUGAAGCACUCUGUCACCCAGGACACGUAGCCCUGGUGGUUUCUGGCUCUGUUUGGGUCUGCCCAGUCCCUCCUAUUGAGGCCUUGCACGCACUGGUAGCACUGUGCCUUUUGCAGCCAGGCUUGGGAUGAGGGGAGACCCAACAGCCCUGCCAGGUUGGAGCAUCUCCUCUUGUAAUGAACGCACACGUGCCCUUAACGCCAACCUGCACAAGUGAUCUUGGCAGUUCUCUCAGUCAUUGCACAACAUCUUGUCUCUUUUGGUUACGCUGUAAGAAAUACGUACUGUCUCUUUCCCAAGGCAGGCUCUGGCAGUGUCUGCACAGUGCUCUGGGCUUCAGACCUCUCUGAGAGUGGGUUUUCAGUACGGUUGUAUGUCAUCCAGGAGCGGCUCCUGAUGCUCCACGCAGGAGUGCUCUGUUCACACACUGUGCCAGGUUGCAGCCCUGCUGCCGUGCUCCGUGUCUGUCCAGGUGUCACUGCUACCCAACUGUCUUUGCUUUUUCUGUUGGUGGUGUUGCCCCUCUCUUGAAUCCUAAAUAAACGCAUUG